AUGUCGUAUAUGUCGGAAGAAGAACGUUCAAAGCUGAAACACCCAGAUUACUGGGACCGAGAACCUGACACCUGGGGAAGCAUAAAAGAUUGGGACCUUUACUUGCUUAAGAAACUGAAUUCGUCACAGGUUAAUAAACGUCUUUCUCACUCAGCCUUGGGUGACGAGCUAAGAUGCUUAAAGCAGAUGUAUGAUGAAAACCAUCAUAUUUAUAAGACAGCUUGUCAUUGGCAGAACGCAUUGAAGGGAGCGUACUUGAUAGUUAAUCUGGCAACCGAGUGUUGGAAAGGUUUUCCCGAGUGCAAAAACCGACAGAAAAGUGAUAGUAAAAUUUGGGAGAAGAAGGAACAAAUCUCAUCGUUACUUUUGGAGGCUGAUAUAGUCGAAUUGGAAUUGGAAAUCGCCAGGGCGAGUGAUUUAUUCAAGUUUACCUCUUAUACUUCUGAACAGCUCCUUAUUUAG